AUGCACGAUUUUUGGCGGCGAUUGUCGAAAUCGUCAGGUCCCCAUUCGUCGUCGUCACCUCACUCUACCUCUCCUCCGAGAGUCGCUUUAGUAGCUGCUGCUACUUCAUCACUUCCUUUCUCUUCGCGUAAACCUAGAAAAAUAAACUCCUCCACCCUCGAAACAACAGCAGCUGAUACUCAGGACUCGGCUGUAAAAUUGACCGACAACGUUUUACUUCCGGAACUCGAAUUGCCAGAUCCCCAAUUGACAGAGUUGUCAUCUAUGACAGUCGAUAAUCACACAGACAUGACUAGCGAGAUGGAAGACCCAAACAGUGUUACACUUUUAAAACAACAAGUUCAUAAUCUGCGUCAUGACCUUGCCGAACGAAAUGCGAUACUAGUGAACGUACAAAAACAAUUAGGUCGUUCACAAAAUGGCAAUGAGGGAACAACCGGUCGUGUCAUUGAAAAGUUACAUGAGGAAAUCGAUCGCCUGAAAAAAGAACUCGCCGACGCAAAAACACAAAUUCAAGUCAAUAAAGUUGCACGUGAACGAGCAGAACGACAACUAAACGAACAUUUAAAUUCACAUGAGACUUUUCUCAAAGAGAAUGACAAGAAACAGCUGGAUAUGAAGUUUGAACGUGAUAACGCAAAUACUAAACUUCGACAGUCGGAACUAAAAGUGUCAUCAUUAGAGAGAAAAUUGGCAGAUGCUCUCGCUGGAAGAGAACAAGCUGAACACGAAUAUCUCCUCUUGUCAAAGGAAAUGCAAAAUUUCAAAAGACGAUAUGCAGAAGAUGUGGAUACCGUGAAAAAGGAGUUUCUGGAGCUUCGAGAACAACUAAACAAGAAAGCUCAGCAAUUGGAAGAAGUUAUAUUAAUGACUGGUGUCCGUGUUGAAGAAAUAACAUCCAGUCGUGGUACGGAUUUGGAAACCUUGGAAACUACUCACAAUAAACUGAAGCAAAAUCAGGAAAAAUAUGCAGCGAAAUUUUUAAUUGAGAUUGAAAAAUUGAAACGGGAGGUUGAGUCGUCAAGUAAGAAGACUUCGGAAAAUGUAGAGCAACUUGACAAAGAAGGUGCUCACUAUAGAAUGAAAGAAGCAAAUCUGGCGAAAAUGUAUAUAGAUGUUUUAGGAAUUGGACGAAAAUCAGAGACAGGGCAACGACUUGUGAAUUGGAAAAUGCCUGGGAAAAAUAAUAUAGUAGCCGGUGAUUUUGCGUCAGUCGCGUAUGAUAUUAUUGCUCCUCGAUCGACCGUAAUAGGAAGUAGUAAAAUUACGAUUAAUGAAGUGAAUCAUCAGCUUGAUUUAUUGAACGCCGCGAGUUCUGGAAAAGAAAGUCAAAAAGUGAUCCGAUAUUUUUUUGAUAAUUUUUCUCCUGAUGAGCAAAAAUGGAUUAUUCGGAUAAUUUUAAAAGAAUUAAAAUUGGGAAUGAGUGAAAAAUCCGUGUUUCAAGUUUAUCAUCCAGAUGCCGAGGAUCUUUUUAAUGUUUGUAGUAGUCUAAAAAAAGUUUGCGACGAUUUACAAGACCCAUCGGUUAGACUCACAGUAAAAGAAAUCUCACUUUUCAAUCCGAUAAAACCCAUGCUUGCUAAACUUGUUCCGAUACAAGAAAUUGUUAAAUUGAUGGGAGGUAAUUUUUGGAUUGAACAAAAAUUAGAUGGUGAACGAAUACAUAUACAUAAGCGCGAUAGAGAAUAUAAGUAUUUUUCAAGGAGAGCUACGGACUAUACAGAAUUAUACGGUUCUAAUAGAUACGAAGGAUCCUUAACACCCUUUAUUUAUGAUUGUUUUGAUUCACGAGUUAAGAGUUGCAUUAUUGAUGGCGAAAUGGUUACUUGGGAUCCGAUCUAUCAAGCUGUUUUGCCGUUUGGUUCUUUGAAAACUGCUGGGCUUGAUCGUUCUACGGAUGAAAAUAAAGCAAGACCUUGCUUCGUGAUUUUUGAUAUUCUCUAUUGUAAUGGAAAGGUACUUAUCGAAAAACCAUUAUCAGAACGACAAAUGUUUCUACGAAAGAUUGUAAAAGAGAAAGAAGGUCACCUGAUAAUAUUGGAACAUAAAACCGCAUCAACUCAAAAAGAGUUGGUGGAUGUUAUUGAGACGGCUAUUCAGGAAAGACAAGAAGGUGUUAUCGUUAAAAACCCAUCCAGUGCCUAUACACUAAACACAAGAAACAAUGACUGGAUCAAGAUUAAGCCGGAAUAUAUGGACUCUUUAGGUGAUUCUUUGGAUUUAUUGGUUAUAGGCGGGCUUUAUGGAAUUGGAAAGCGCCGUGAUAUGGUUGGAAGUUUUUUCUGUGGUCUAAGAGACGCUUCGUCAUCUGAACCAAAAUUUUUAGCAUUUUGUCGUAUUGGUACUGGAUUUACCAUGGAAAACUUAAAAGAAUUCAACAAAAAUGCACAAGAUUGGAAACCUUUUGAUGCGAAUAAAUGUCCAAGUUGGCUUUCUUUUGGCAAAGACAAACCGGAUGUAAUUAUUGCUCCAAAUAAAUCAUUCGUAGCACAAGUUAAAGCCGCCGAAAUUAUUCCUGCAGGCGACUCAUUUGCUGUCCCGUACACACUGCGGUUUCCACGAUUUGAAAAAGUUCGAGAAGAUAAAGAUUGGAAGAGCGCAAUGAGUUUUCAAGAAAUGAUGGAUAUGAAAAAAUACGGAACGCAAUCGAAGAAUAUGAGCGCGUCUGAUUUCAUUCACACUACGAGAUUAAAGCGUAGAAAAGCGAAUGGACCACCAAAGUCCAAACAAGAAUUACAACGCCAAAUCAAAGAACAUGGCGGAAACUUGUUUCAACACCCGGAAGGGUCUGCUCAAAUUAAUGUAAUUUCUGAUUCGGACAAAUAUUUCACUGUGAAAAAUCUGAUCAAAAAAGAAAAAUGCGAUAUCAUUCAUCCGAAAUGGAUUACUGAUUGUAUUGAAGCUGGCCGUGUUAUAUCUUUAAGCCCAAAGUAUAUGGUGUUUACGACUGAGGCCACCGAGAUAAAAUUUCGUCAAAGUAUGGAUGAAUGGGGUGAUAGCUACAUCGAAGAAGUAACGAUCGAGGAUAUAAAAGAGAUUUUGAAUCGAAUGCCAAGUCGUGAACUUUCAACUACAGAUAGGCAACAAUAUCAGUUACUCGCCAAAUUGCAAUCAUGUUUUCAAGAAGCCUCUUUGAAAAAUCUACUAUCAUAUAACUCGUUUCUGGGUUGUCUGAUAUAUCUUGAUGUUCCUUCGUCAUCGACAUCGUUGCCUCUUAAAGAGAGCAACAGUAAUAAGAAUAGCAGCAAUAUAGUAGAUCGAAAUCUAGAAUGGGCCAUUCGAGAAAAUACUCGAGAUCGGUUUCGACUUGUAAAAUCAAUACUUAAAUAUCAAGGAGCAGAAUUUACAGACGAUAUCAAUAACUCUGAAAUUACACAUAUUGUCGUCGUCAAACAGGCAGAUGUCAACCGUUAUCAAAAAGAGCGUUCAACAAGGGGUGUAAACAUAUUGACUAUUGACCAAAUGGUCAAGAGUUACUAA